CGGUACGGAAGCCGAGUGUGUUCAUGCUGAUCACCGGCUUGAUUGCAAGGCAUGCGAUCUCUGUCACAUACCAGCUAGCAGCAUAGCACUCACACAAAUCUCCUGAGAGCUGAAGUUCGUUUUCAGUUAAGCAUAUCCUAGUUAUAAGACGUUAAUCUUAGUUUUGCCGUAGUGUAGCCAGAGGAUUGCCUACAGAAACGUACGUUUGAUACAUCGGAGUGACCAGGAUGGAGUGGCAACCAGAUGAACAAAGUCUCCAACAAGUGCUCCAACUUCUCAAGGACUCUCAGUCUCCAGACACAGCAACACAAAGAGCAGUGCAAGAAAAACUGGAGCAACUUAACCAGUUUCCAGAUUUCAACAACUAUCUCAUCUUUGUCCUCACAAGCCUAAAGUCAGAGGAUGAGCCCACUCGCUCGCUCAGUGGCCUGAUACUGAAGAACAAUGUUAAAGCUCACUACCAGAACUUCCCCCCCAAUGUGGCUGACUUUAUCAAACGGGAAUGUCUCAACAACAUUGGAGACCCUUCACCGCUUAUCAGAGCUACAAUUGGUAUCCUGAUCACAACCAUAGCCUCCAAAGGGGAGCUGCAAACAUGGCCGGAACUUUUGCCGCAGCUUUGCAAUUUACUGAAUUCGGAGGACUACAACACCUGUGAGGGUUCUUUUGGAGCAUUGCAAAAGAUCUGCGAAGACUCUUCUGAGUUGUUGGAUAGCGAUGCAUUGAACAGACCACUCAACAUCAUGAUUCCCAAGUUCCUGCAGUUUUUCAAACACUGCAGCCCGAAGAUCAGGUCCCACGCUAUAGCAUGUGUGAACCAGUUCAUCAUUGGUCGAGCUCAGGCUCUGAUGGAUAAUAUUGAUACAUUUAUUGAGAGUCUGUUUGCGCUGGCAGGUGACGAGGACAGCGAAGUGCGGAAAAACGUAUGCAGGGCUCUGGUCAUGCUGCUGGAAGUCCGCAUUGAUCGCCUCAUCCCACAUAUGCACAGCAUCAUCCAGUACAUGCUGCAGCGGACCCAAGACCCAGAUGAGAACGUGGCUUUGGAGGCCUGUGAAUUCUGGUUGACUCUGGCUGAGCAGCCCAUCUGUAAAGAGGCCCUGUCUGGCCACUUGGUCCAGCUCAUCCCAAUCUUGGUGAAUGGGAUGAAGUACUCUGAAAUUGAUAUUAUUCUUCUAAAGGGUGAUGUGGAGGAAGAUGAGGCAAUUCCAGACAGUGAACAAGACAUCAAGCCUCGUUUCCACAAGUCCCGCACUGUCACUCUGCAGCAUGAAGGAGGAGAGGGUGAGGAAGGGGAAGACAUUGAUGAUGAUGAGGAUGAUGAUGAUGAUACGCUGUCUGAUUGGAACCUACGGAAAUGUUCUGCUGCGGCCCUGGAUGUUCUGGCCAAUGUGUUCCGAGAGGAGCUGCUUCCUCAUCUCCUGCCCCUGCUUAAAGGUCUGCUCUUCCACCCCGACUGGGUCAUCAAAGAGUCUGGCAUCCUUGUCCUCGGUGCCAUUGCUGAAGGAUGCAUGCAGGGUAUGGUACCUUACUUGCCUGAACUUAUCCCCCACCUCAACCAGUGUCUGUGUGACAAGAAGGCCCUGGUUCGUUCUAUCGCAUGCUGGACCCUCAGUCGUUAUGCGCACUGGGUGGUCAGCCAGCCCCCUGACGCUCACCUCAAACCUCUCAUGACUGAGCUCCUCAAACGCAUCCUGGAUGGCAAUAAGAGGGUGCAAGAGGCAGCCUGCAGCGCGUUUGCCACCCUGGAGGAGGAGGCGUGCACAGAGCUAGUGCCUUACCUCAGCUUCAUCUUGGACACGCUGGUGUUUGCUUUUGGAAAGUACCAGCAUAAGAACCUACUCAUCCUUUAUGAUGCCAUAGGAACCCUGGCAGACUCUGUGGGACACCAUCUGAACCAGCCUGAGUACAUACAAAAGCUGAUGCCUCCCCUGAUCUCUAAGUGGAAUGAAUUGAAGGAUGAAGAUAAAGAUCUCUUCCCCCUGCUCGAGUGUCUGUCAUCUGUUGCCACAGCUCUGCAGAGUGGCUUCCUACCCUAUUGUGAGCCUGUCUAUCAGCGUUGUGUCACCCUUGUCCAGAAGACCCUGGCACAAGCCAUGAUGUAUAGUCAGCAGCCAGAUCAGUAUGAAGCACCUGACAAGGACUUCAUGAUUGUGGCUCUGGAUCUUCUCAGCGGCCUGGCUGAGGGACUGGGUGGUCAUGUGGACACACUUGUGGCCCGCAGCAACAUUAUGACUCUGCUCUUCCAGUGCAUGCAGGAUACAAUGCCUGAAGUAAGACAAAGUUCAUUUGCUCUACUGGGGGACUUGACCAAGGCUUGCUUUCCUCAUGUCAAACCUUGCAUUGCUGAAUUCAUGCCAAUCCUCGGAACCAACUUGAACCCGGAGUUCAUCUCCGUCUGCAACAAUGCUACCUGGGCCAUCGGAGAGAUAUGCAUGCAGAUGGGUGUGGAGAUGCAGCCGUACAUUCCAAUGGUUCUGAGCCAGUUGGUUGAAAUCAUCAAUCGACCAAACACUCCCAAGACCCUACUGGAGAACACUGCAAUCACCAUCGGACGACUGGGCUAUGUGUGUCCCCAGGAAGUUGCACCCAUGCUGCCGCAGUUUAUUCGACCAUGGUGUACAUCACUCCGCAACAUUCGAGAUAAUGAAGAGAAAGACUCUGCUUUCCGUGGAAUUUGCAUGAUGAUUGGAGUGAACCCAGGGGGUGUGGUGCAGGACUUUAUCUUCUUCUGCGAUGCAGUCGCCUCCUGGGUAAACCCUAAAGAUGAUCUGAGAGAUAUGUUCUAUAAGAUCCUGCAUGGUUUUAAGGAGCAGGUUGGGGAGGAGAACUGGCAGCAGUUUUCAGAGCAGUUCCCCCCUCUGCUGAAGGACCGACUGGCGGCCUGCUACGGUGUAUAAAGCCUCCACACCCAUCCAGGAGGUGAGCCAGCAGGAGGAGGGUGAAUGGGAAACUCAUCCAUCUGUGUAUUGCACUGCCCUGAUCUGGGGGGAGGGAGAGGGACGCUUAUGGCCGCUCCCCCUGAAGGACGGCCCACAUGCCCUUAUGUGUUUGUCCAUAGA